AUGGGGCGCUACCGUUACGAUCCCCUUCCGGGACAACACUAUAUCAGACUGGCAACUAUUCAUCCGGGGAAGUUCAACGAUAAGAUUGCCAUUUCAUUUCACACCUCAAAGUUUCCUAAUAAUAUAUUGCCGUAUGAGGCUCUCUCAUAUGUAUGGGGCUCGAAGAAAGGCCGUACGUCAAUCCACGUUAGUAGGGUUGAUGCCACUACAACCAAUAGAUUACGGGAUACUGUUCAAAUGAAAUUCGAGAAACUCGGGGUUACGCGCAGUUUAGAUAUAGCCCUGAGACAUCUGCGUGAUGAUAAGACGCCCCGGGUUGUGUGGAUCGACGCACUCUGUAUUAACCAAACGGAUGAACUCGAAAAAGGCCCUCAAGUCGCAAUGAUGGGAGAGAUCUUCCGGCUUGCUCGUCAGGUGGUUGCUUGGCUUGGACCAGAAGCAAACGAUAGCAACCGUGCUAUGUAUCUAAUGGACUAUAUUGGAUCGCAGGUUGAAGUUGAUUUUGUCAUGCAGACAAUAAGACCUGCGAUGGGUUGCACUGAUUCGGGAAUCAGCAACCGCAACAUCGCACUCCCUUUCCAAGACGAAGAUAUUUACUCGAUUUACCACUUACUAUCGCGACAGUGGUUCGACAGGCUAUGGAUCAGACAAGAAAUUUAUUUGGCAAGUCCGGAAGCAGUUAUUAUGUGCGGCCUCAAGCAAGUCAAGUGGACAAGUUUUCGACGAGGUUUAGGGUGUAAUUUCAUGAAACCCAUCCCGCAGUCAGACUUCUCUGGUCAAUGCGAAACCCGAAUAUAUGCUCUACAAGGAUUUAUUUUUCAGAAAAAACUAGGCAACUUAAUAGGCUUAGACUCUGAUUAUAAUAGUACACAGUGCCUAGACCCACGAGACCGACUCUAUGCCAUCUCGGCUUUGUUAAACGCCCACGACAAGGCAUUGAUCCCAUCGCCGGACUACACUCAACCUUACGAUAAACUUUACACGACUGUCGUAGGAAGCUGGAUUAAACGCUACGAGUCCUUAAACAUACUACACCGCUGUCAGCUUCAAGGCGGUACGUGCCCGAGCUGGGUUCCUGACUGGUCAAAACUAGACUCCAGACCUAAUAUGCUCGUCUUCAAAUUAUACCUGUCGCCGCUUGUAGCCUGGUAUAAAUUUCCGCAACCUGGCGUACUGAGAGUUAUGGGUGUCUCCAGCUGCGCUGUCUCAGUAUAUCAUCAGUUGCCGCAAAUGUCACGCUCCAAAAAGACGAUGCUCGAGCAGAUACGAACCUUGCUGUUAAAGGUAGACCUGGAGCAGCAGCACACAACUGAAUACUACACUAGGCUACUUGCUCACGAUCGAUUUGCCAAUAGCUCAGAUCCACCCGAUUUUAGUUUACCGGACUUCGAAGAGGCGAAACAACUUGUGGAGUUCAUCAUGUCUAAUUGUGACUUCAACGAUGUCAACAACGAGGACUUCGUGCAGUCCUUGGGUGUUAGCAAUUUCCUUUCGGUAGUUCAUUGCUUAACAAGUGGACGCCGAUCCAUUCAGUGUACAGGUGGUUAUAUGGGGGUUACUCCGGCAUUAGCACAGCCUGGUGAUGAGGUCUAUAUUCUACUUGGUUGCUCGCAUUCGUUAUUGCUACGCCCACAAGGCAAUAACAAAUUCAAGGUAAUUGGUAGGUGUUUUGUGCCUGGCUUAAUGUAUGGCGAAGCUCUUCUCGGACCUCUCCCCGACAACAUUCGGAUAAUCGAAUGCUAUGACGAAAGGGUUGACAACUACGCUACGGCUUUUAGAGAUAUCUCUUCGGGCGAGAUAUUCUACGAGGACCCACGUUUAAAAUCACUACCCGUAGACCUCGAAGACUUCCGCAGACGACUACAAGGCAAUCCCCGUGCAGAUUUGUAUGUAGAACCAGAUAUAUUCAGGGAACGUGGAGUGGAUUUGAAAUGUAUUGAUCUAGUGUAG